AUGGCUACUCCUACUGUACUUACUUUCGAUGCUGAGGGCCGUCCAGUGAAGUUCGAAACCUGGCUCGAUGACCUCCACCUCUUCCUACAGCUCACUGCUAAGGAGGACAUUUCACUGUACGAUCACGCCCUAGGCAACGCUACUGCCCCUCCUACCACUGCUGACAGCACUCAGCGCUCACAGUGGCAGACUCGUGACGCCCACGCUCGUUUCGCUAUUCGUAACUCCCUACCGAUCGACGAACGCGAGCACUUUGGCCAGCACAAAACUGCUAAGGACCUAUACACUGCUGUAGUCGCUCGCUACUCCUCACCCGCUUCUGCCACACUAGGCCGCCUCACCCUCCCCUACCUGUUCCCCGACCUGGCCUCCUUUCAGACAGUUGCUGACCUCAUCACCCACCUUAAGACUAGUGAGGCCCGCUUUCGCGCUGCUAUGCCUGACAAGUUCAUUACUAGCAACCCCCCCCCGCUCUGGAUCACUCUCUACCACAUAGUCACCCGCCUCCCCGACUCCCUGCGCACAGCACCUCUCGUGGCGACCCCCGCACCCCAUUCUUUGAGGGGUGUUCCCCUUCCCCUCUCCUCCCCUCUGUCGCCUCUGCUGCUGCUGUCGACCUCCUUGGUGCUGAGAAGGUCGGGACCGCGUCUGCUUCGAGCGGGCGCCGCAAGAGCAAAGGGGGCAAGGGUGGAGGUGGCGGCGGAGGAGGUGGGGGUGGAGGCGGUGGGAGUGGAGGAGCGGCUGGGGAGGCUAGUGGCGGCAGUGGGGGUGGUGACAGCAGCGGCGGGAGUGGCGGCAGGGGUGGAGGCGGCAGCGGAGGCGGAGGUGGUCGUGGCAGCGGCAGGGGUGGAGGUGGCCGAGGCGGUGGCGGCGGCGGUGGUGGUCGUGGAGGCGCUGGCGGUGGUCAGAGUCAGCAGCCCGCCCCGUCGCUUCAGGCCGCCCGUGAGUGGUAUGCGCAGCGUGGCUUUACCUGCACGUACGUCAUUCGCACUGGUGACCGCACUGGCCAGCAGUGUGGGAGGCAGCACCCCACGCAGCGCUGUUUCGCGCGCCUUACCGACGCGUGGCGUGCCCAGUUUCCUGAUGCCACUGAGCUGCCCCGCUGGGCUGAUCUGGAGAAGAAGGGAGUUGAUAUCUGGGCUUUAG